GAUGGCGGAAUUUAAACUUUGUUUGUACGUCUUCAAUCUGCAUUCUGUUUUCCAAUGACUGAUAACUUGCGAACUAUUAAAUGUGUUGUAGUUGGCGAUGGGGCCGUUGGGAAAACGUGUUUACUUAUAUCGUACACCACAAACAAAUUUCCGAUGGAUUAUGUUCCGACUGUCUUCGAUAACUAUGCUGUAACUGUUAUGGUUGGAGGGGAACCGUACACUUUGGGACUUUUUGACACAGCUGGUCAAGAAGAUUAUGACCGUUUGAGGCCCCUUAGUUAUCCUCAAACGGAUGUUUACCUUAUUUGCUUUUCUGUGGUCAACUCCACCUCUUUCGUGAACGUCGAGGAAAAGUGGGUCCCGGAAAUAAGACAUCACUCGCCCAAGGUUCCAUUCCUUCUUGUUGGAACACAAAUUGAUCUUCGCGAUGAAGGCGCUACAAUAACCCGCUUGCAUAACGACAAAGCGAAAAUGGUCAGUAGUGAUCAGGGUAAAAAACUCGCCGAACGUUUAAAAGCCGUCAAGUAUCAGGAGUGUUCAGCUCUUACCCAGAAGGGUUUGAAAGAUGUGUUCGACGAAGCUAUCCUUGCUGCUCUGCGACCUCCAACAGACCGUAAAAACAAACGUUGUUGUCUACUGUGAAAACUGAGUCCUUUUGCCAAUCCGUCCUUUAAUUAUUGAUUUAACUUGUUAUGGAAAAAUCAGCAAAAUUUUUAGUCGGAUUCCUUACAAACCUUACUAUUAUCUCCAUAUUAUUCUUAUCAUCAUUAAUUUUUAUUGAUACUAUUGCUAAUACAACUCACAGACUCAAUUAUGUGUUCAACAGCAAUGUGAGUACUUUGACAAAUGUGGCCUUGUUCCUUUAUUUUCUCCCCUUUCUUUUAUCUCUACAGAACGGUGAUCUUGCUGUUAAUUUUAAAAAAUUCUACUGUUAAUGCUAUUUGUUAAAUAAAUCAAUGCAUCUUCAGCGACUUUCUUUCCCUAUCGUUUGGUUGGCUGAUUAUUUGUUUCCAAGUAGUGUUUAAUAGUCAGUAAUGACAUUAUAUAAAUUCAUUCUGGCACUAAUGUCCCAAUAACUUCUGUUGGCUUAUUGUCGUCACAUCAACUGUUGUAUGGUGUGUGUCUGGAAAAAGACAUGCUUACGGAGAUAAGUCAGUUUGUUCAAUCAAAAAUUAAAAGAUGAAAAGCCCUACAGGAUAAGGACAACAUUAGGUCACCAUUCAGAAUGUACUAUUCUUACAUUUGCAACGAUGAGCAGUGGGUUUGUGACUAAGUUAAAAUAUCAAAUAUUGAGCACUUCUAAAUCCAACUACGUAGUAUGUGUUGGAGCAAUGUGUAACUAGCAUUCAUUCUUCAGUGCCUUUUUAAGUGAGCGACCCCAGGAUUUGAUGUAUCAACUGACUCCGCUAUUAUUAAACAUAUAAUGAUAUGUAGUCUCCUCAAGAUAGUAGAAGUAUUAGCUAUGUCAGCGGUUGUUAAACACUCGCGUAUAUUAAUGGUAUCCUUGUGUGGCGCAUAUAUAUCUGAUGCCCCUCUUGUACCAAUAUUUAUGUUCAAAUAAAUAAAUAAAUGGUAUCCUAACUAUAUAUAUAUAUAUAUAUCAUGGGUGUCAGUAUCAACGCACUUAUUUGUUGUGUCGGCUAGAGAAAAUAGUGAUUGAUUGUUCUCUUGGACAGACUGGUAGAUAGUCUAACAAAUAUUAGAUGUGCCACAUAUAUUCCUCUACCCCUUGUACUGAACCGAUUGUUAACUGAUGACCAAUACAUGUACUAGUUAGACGAACCGCAUGUUCUUGAUUUGUGUCGAAGCUUUGUAGAAUAGUGCGUGCUGACUAUCUAGUAUAAACCGAGUUAAUUAUAAAUGCAAAUAAAUCAUUCAUUGUUCAUCCUAAGCAAUUUAGUGUCCCGUUGGCGUAAAGAAGAAGCACGAGCGCUUUGAACCAACGGUAUAUCGUCAAUGUAAAUGUUGAAUUUGUUUUUUAGAGAACAGCUUAUUGUGUAUAUAAAAUUUCGUGUCACAGCCUUGUUUCUUGUACACAAUGAAUAACCCAUUUUAUUUGUAUUUGUGCUACUCAGUAAAACUUAUAAUUGACAUAAGUCUACACCACUUAUGAGCAAAAUAAUUCAGUUGUAAGGGGAAAAAGUAGUGAGAAAUAAUCUUAUAGGUUUGAAAAUUUCAUAUUCACUUCUAUGCAGUGUCUGAACCCCUUACUUACUUUAUUUUGGGUAAUAUUGUAUAUUUUCAUAUAAAAAUUAUAGUUCAACGUGAGUUUCAUAAAUCUGUACCCGGUUACGAGGUUACACUGAUAAAUUGCAAUAACGUAAAGGCUUUAAUAUUUUUCUCUUUAUAAAAUGUAAUAUAUCAAUAUUAAAAUCAGUAUUUUGUGUGCCA